UGACCAAGAAGGACUGGAAGAGUAGCCGCAGCACUCGGAGAAUCCCAAGCGAAUCUGCGUGAAGACUGCAGAAAAAGUUAAGGUACGCAUGAGGACGACGACGAUGACAUCACUGUUAACCGGCCCGGCGAUGGCGAACAUUUCGGAACAAAGUGAUGAAGUCAUGGUCCCCCAUGUGUUGGACCCCCCCAGGGAGGACGACCUCUCCUUACCUUUCAGGCUGCAUGUGGUUGAUAACAUGUCGUAUGAGGAUGUGAAGAAGUGUUACAGAGGAUCAACAGUGAACAAGUACAACAGUCAAUACCACAAACUUUUCCAGACAGUCCCUAAAGAUGAGCUCUUAAUGAAAGUGUACUCGUGCGCGCUACUGCGUGACAUCCUACUUCAAGGUCGUCUUUACAUAUCCAGAAACUGGUUGUGUUUCUACGCCAACCUUUUUGGAAAGGACAUCAAGGUGUGUAUUCCUGUGGUUUCAGUGCGACUGGUGAAAAAACACAAGACGGCCGGCCUGGUACCAAACGGCCUGGCUAUCACCAUGGAUACGGGACAGAAGUACGUGUUUGUGUCGUUACUUUCCAGAGACAAUGUGUACGACGUCCUCAGGAGGAUCUGCACUCACCUGCAGGUGAAUGGGAAGAGUCUGAGUGUGAAAGAGUUCCUGGAGGAACCCAGCUCGUUGUCCAUGGAUGAGUUUCCUGAAGUUGAGCCGUGGACAAGGACGGCGUCGCUUCCCACCGUCUCCUCUUCCCUUCCUGACCUGUUAGGAGACUCCCCUGCUGGCCACGCCCCCGACACGCCCUUCAUAGUGCACACCCUAACUGAAACAGAACAUCUAGAAGUUCUUCCAUGCGUGAGUGACGAGGAGAAGCAGCUGCUCAAAGUCUUCAUUCUGCUCGUGACGGUGUUGGUGUUGUCGUCGUCUUACCUCGCCUACCGAGUGUGUCGUCUGGAGCAGCAGCUCAGCUUCCUCACACGCAGGUACACCUUGUUUUCAUCUUGGGUUCCAAAAGUCCUUUUGAUGAAUCCUCCAGAAGCAGGUGUUCACGUGUCAUCCCGUGCAGAUGUGGGGAGGUGCCUUGCUGGACGACCAAUCAGAGAACUUAACCAGCGAGCCAAUCAGGGAGCGAUUGACCGGCACUUCACACUUCACACUUCAGACUGAUUAGCAUAGCAACGUCACCAUAGUUAGCUGAGAUUAUUUACCAAUGUAUGUUAUUCAAAGUGAACAUGCAAGAUUGUGUCACCAAAACAACAAAUUACCGUGGCAAAUAGUGAAUUCGGAGCUAAUUCAAUUCCGCAUCUGCAUCCUCACAUUCUCAUACAUAAUCUUCAUGUCUCGUCCUCACAUUCUCAUACUUCAUCCUCACGAUGGAAUAUCUAUCCUCACACAUCCUGAUGUUUCAUCAUAUUAGAGCCUUAGGUUUUCAUGCUCCAUCCUGAUGCUAUCAUGUCUCAAAUUUCAUUCUCAUGUGUCAUCCUCAUGGCCUUAUAUUUCAUCCUCGUACUCUCAUGUUCCAUCCCCAUGUUUUAAUAUCUUAUCCUGGUGUUUUGUCCAUUUUUCAUGUUCCAUCCACGUGUUCUCAUGUCUCAUCCUCACAUUCUCAUAUUGCAUCGUCAGAUGGAACAUCUAUCCUCACACAUACUGAUGUUUAUCAUAUUAGAGCCUUAGGUUUUCAUCUUCAUGUCUCAAAUUUCAUUCUCAUGCGUCAUCCUCAUGGCCUCAUAUUGCGUCCUCAUGUUCUCAUGUUUCAUUUUUAUGUUUUAAUUCUCAUUUCAUUCUCGUACUCUCAUGUUCCAUCCCCAUGUUUUAAUAUCUUAUCCUGGCGUUUUGUCCAUUUUUCAUGUUCCAUCCACGUGUUCUCAUGUCUCAUCUUCACAUUCUCAUAUUGCAUCGUCAGAUGGAAUAUCUAUCCUCACACAUACUGAUGUUUGUCAUAUUACAGCCUUAAGUUUUCAUCUUCAUGUCUCACAUUUCAUUCUCAUGUGUCAUCCCCAUGUCCUCAUAUUUCAUCCUCAUGUUCUCAUGUUUCAUUUUUAUGUUUUAAUUCUCAUUUCAUCCUCGUACUUUCAUGUUCCAUCCCCAUGUUUUAAUAUCUUAUCCUGGCGUUUUGUCCAUCUUUCAUGUUCCAUCCAAGUGUUCUCAUGUCUCAUCCUCACAUUCUCAUAUUGCAUCGUCAGAUGGAAUAUCUAUCCUCACACAUACUGAUGUUUAUCAUAUUACAGCCUUAAGUUUUCAUCUUCAUGUCUAAAAUUUCAUUCUCAUGGUUCAUCCUCAUGACCUCAGAUUUCAUCUUCAUUUUCUCAUUUUUCAUCCCCAUUUCAGUCUACUAAAAUUCUGAUCUUUUAUCCUCAAGUUAUCAUUUCCAUUAGCGUUAGCGUUUCCAUUUUUAUGUUUUAAUCCUCAUUUUAAUUAAAUUCCGCAACUAACCACACGGGGGCGCCAGAUUUCAUUUGACCAGCUGAUCCCGUCUGAGCUUCAUGUUGUAGUCGUGGAUCUAAUCUGAUUACAAGACGGGGUCAGCGCCAGGCUCGCUAAACUCACUUUGGAAGUCGAAGGUCAUGUGCUGGCUAAUUAGCUACAAACAUGUCCAUUCGUUCAACGGAGAUAGGCUCCUGGGUGAGCUGGAGCCUAUGCCAGCUGACUUGACUGCUCGCCAGUCAAUCACAGGAGAUGCCAAAUGUCAAGCCCCCCCGCCCCCUGCUACUGCUAAUCAAACAUUGUUACACACCCCUUGUGAAGCUGUCAAAUCAAACUUGUUUUCACAAUAAAAUAUCUGCUUUGUUGUUAGUAUCAAGAAUUUAUUAUCCCAAAACAAAAUUUCUAAAAGACAAAGGCGAUAGAAAACAUCCUGUUCUUUCCCUGAUUGGCUUGUAGCUAAUUAGUCCAUACAUGCUAUGCUACAUGCACCAGCUUAGCAGCAAGUGUACAAUUUCAUUUCCCGUUUCCUGUCCAAACUCAGUCUAUUUCCUCUCUGAGCUGCUAAGACUGCUACUCUGCAACUAGUUCAUAUCAGGUUGGCUGGAGAACCGUCUGGCCUUGACGGCCUUGUCCGAGAAGGCCACAGUUACGACAUCUGGGCAGUUUGCCUCAGUUCCAUGAUGCAUCCUGCUAGACAGUAGCCGUACGUCUGCGUGGAUGUUGGCGACAGUGUGGCGUCGCAUUCCGCCAGACUUCUCCAAGUAGGCCUCCCCUUCUUGUUCCACCAGCGGCGCCAGAGAGGCGCACUCGCACAUUGACGGCUGGGUCACGUCGGGCUGUAAUCCAUCGCCAAGCAACCACCGCAGAUGCCGACACUCUGUGAAAAAAAAAAACACAAAACAUCUUUUUGGGGAAGGCAGACAAACUUUUGAAAAUGACAGACUGCUAAGCGAGCUGCCUGCUUCAAGCAUUUAAGACUUUAAUCACAUGCGACUUUUCAAAGUUGUGAUCCUCUUGACCAAAGCUGAUGUGUUUAUUUGUGGCGUGUGCUUCCUGGAAUUCCUGGAACUUUCCUGUGACCCUAGCACGUUAGCACACCCCUUAGCCACAUUGCUAACAGGCAUCCAAACAAGCACCAGCAAAUACAAAUAGACGGUGUGGACACAAUAGAUGAAAAUAUGAGCUGGAAACCUUAUAUUACAAAUAUACAACAUAAGGUGGACAGAAAUAUUUCAGUAUUGAACAAAGCAAAACUUCUCAAUUCAAUCAGAAAUCAAUCAUCACUCUUAAUUGCUCUCUGGUUCUACCAUAUCUUACUUAUUGUGUGGAAAUAUGGACUAAUAACUAUAAAAGCAAUCUUCACUCGCUAAAUGUACUGCAAAAAAGGUCAGUAAGGAUAAUUCAUAAUGCCGCCUACAUCUUCAAACAGCUAAAAUAAUGCAUAAGGCUAAAAACAACCAAUUACCUAAAGAUGUCAUCCAAUUCUUCUCUACAAGAGAGGAGAAAUAUGAUCUCAGGGAAGAAGUACAUUUGAAACACUUCUAUGCUAGGACUACGUUAUGCUAGCCAUAGCAUUUCAGUAUGUGGAAUCAAACUAUGGAAUGGACUGAGUAAGGAAAUCAAACAAUGCACAACGAUGAGCCAAUUCAAGAAACAAUACAAGCAGUUGAUGUUUGCUAAAUACAAGGAUGAAGAGUCUUGAACCAGUCAUGAUGUGCUAUAUAUAUCACUAUAUUGACACUUACCAUGGUACACAUUAUGGCAUUGGAUGGUCACAUCACCUUGUACUUCGGUACGAGGUGCAUUAUUAAAAAAAAACCUUAAACUGUAUUAUGGAAAGCAGGAAGUGAACAAAUGUAACAGUUACUGAUUGUAAAAGUACCAGAUGGAGGGGUAGGAUUUAAUAAGCUUUGCUUCUUCCUACUCCUUUUGGACAUGUGGAACUGUGAACUGAUUAUGUGAUGCACUCAAUUGUAAUCUGAUGUUCAAAUGAAA